CACAAAGUUCCCCUAGAAAGUCUGCUCUACCUUACUCGUGAAAAUAAGUGCAUUUAAAGUGCGCCGCCAAUGACACGGAGGUAGGAACCAUUAUACGAUGUCUCAUUGGUUCCGGCCGGCGCACGAACAUGGGGAGACUGAGGCGAGAGGAGCGGCGCGCGGCAGUACCAGUUAAAGCGGAGCGGGUCGCCGCCUCAGGAAGCCAUGGCCCUUCCCGCGCGCUGUGGUCCUUUCGCAAGGUGCCUCUUACGAGGGGUGAAGCGACAGUGCUGGUCGGCCUGCAGCAGAGCUCUUCUUCUCACGGGAUCAAGAUUUGCAUUUCUCUUCAGUUUACCUGCCUACGUGGAGCACAAAACUUUGAAGAGGGUGUCAUAUCUUACAGUGGUCCAUGCCCAUGACAAAGUUGAAGAGCUACUGGAACGAGCUGACUACCUGUACAGCUGUGGGGAGACGGAGAAGCUCUAUGAACUGCUAAGUCAGCAUCACAACAGCGAUGAUGCAGAGCUCCUGUGGAGACUGGCACGGGCAUCUCGAGACUUAGCCCUGCUCUCCCACAUUACUGCCGAGGAGAAAAAGAGGCUCACCUACGAGGCCUUUGAGUUUGCCAAGAAAGCACUGGAGAAGAAUGAAGACUGCUUCGCAGCACACAAAUGGUACGCAGUGUGCCUUAGCGAAGUUGCAGAAUACGAGGGGGUUAAAGUAAAAAUUGCAACUUCCCACACUAUAAAAGAACAUCUGGAGAGAGCCAUUCAGCUGAACCCCAAGGAUGCCACAAGUAUGUACAUCUUGGGCUACUGGUGUUUUGCCAUGACUGAGCUGCCGUGGUACCAACGCAAAAUUGCCGCCAUGAUCUUCUCUUCACCACCGACAUCUACCUUUGAAGAGGCCCUGGCCUAUUUCCUGAAAGCAGAAGAAGUGGACCCCAACUUCUAUAGUAAGAACCUGGUGAUGCUCGGAAAAACCUACUUGAUGCUGAAGGACAAGGAGAAGGCUGUGCUUUGGCUGACCAGGGCUCGGGACUACCCCCCACGCUCUGAGGAGGACAAACAGGUUCACAAGGAAGCUGUUGAACUUCUCAAGAAGCUGCAGAGAUAAGCAGGUCACUGAAAAUAUUCCAUCAUCUAAAUGAGGGCAUUCACAGACUAGAAAACUUACUGAUAUAUUAGCUAUCCUCAUAUUUUGUGCUACCUUUAUUUUGUGAGUGUAAGAUUGUG